AUGGUUACCAUGCCGGCCCUGGCGGGCUCUCUAUCAACACUGGAACUGCCAAUCUUUUGGCUCUGGUUCAUCCCAGGCUCCCGCCGCGGGAGGACUUUUUGGGCAAGCUGCCGCGACGACUCAAGCUCCCGCGACCGGCGGUCUAUUUGGAAGCACUGCCGCGAGGCCCGCAACCGGUGGUCUCUUCGGAAACUCUACGGCAACCACCCAGCCCCAGCAAGCGGGCGGACUUUUCGGUGCUGCACAAUCCACGACCCAGCGCCAGCGGCAGGAGGACUUUUCGGUGGGGCGACCCAGGCGACGCAACCGGCUCAGGGUGGUGGGUUGUUCGGGAACCAACAAAAUCAGCAGCAACAGCAACAGCAACAGCAACAACAACCAGCCCAGGCGGGCGGGCUUUUCGGGAACCAACAAGCUCCGCAGCAGCAAGCCGGGGGCGGUCUGUUUGGGGGCAGCACUCAAGCAGCGAGGCCGGGCCUAUUUGGCGCCUCGGCUACCGCUGCCCAACAGCCUCAGCAAACAACGUCGCUUUUUGGAGGCGCGCAGCAGCAGCAGCAGCAGCGGCCCGCCGGUGGUCUGUUCGGAGCUAGCACAACCAAUACCGCGGCGCAGGGCGGUUAUCUGCUCGGUCAACCUCAGCAGGCACAAAUGGGGAGCAUUCUUGGUGGUCAGCAGCAGCAAGCCCAACAAGCCGCGCCCGGCGUCAGGGUUGACCUCUCGCAGGUGAAGGGGUCUACCAAAUUUGACGAUCUGACCAAGGAAGGCCAGGCCCUCAUCACAGCCAUUGAAAUGGGCAUCCAGAAAGUCAGCAAAUGGAAGGACGAGAUAGCGGGCUACACGCCUGUGCACGAGCAGGAAAUCAAGCAGCUCGCCGUCGACGUGGCCUACUUGCAAAACAAGUACGAGCUAGUCAAGCGAGCCGUGCUCGAGGGCGACGUUGCUGCCGUACAGGAGCUCCGCAACCUCGGCAACAAGAACAUUGACGAUGCCCAAACGGUGGGUCGGGCCGUCGAGAACCUCAAGCUUCCCGCGCACUAUCAUCUGCCCGGCCUGUGGACGUCAUCGGGCGCCAACACCAGCUUUGCCGGGGAUCCCAACGAGACGGAUCUCAUUGGCUUCUUCAACCGGCAGUGCGCGCAACUGAGCGAGCGAGAUCACAAGCUGCGGGCGUACCUCUCCGAGAUCCAACAACACAUGCCCAACGUGGAAGGGGGCCUGUAUCAGAAGCUCACGGCGCUGCAGAACCACAUGGGCAGCUCUAACACCGCGUUUGAGGAGAUGAAGGCGACGCUCGUCGACAUGAGGAACGCCAUAAUUAGGCAGGCGGUGGAGGUGGGCAAGACAAGAGAGGCGUUGACAAAGUUGCAGAUGGCAUUCUUGAACCCCAUGAUCUGA